UGGAGUGCAGGCUCGAAUUAAUAGUUUGCUGUAGGUGUCAGUGUGUAAAAUAUUUUCUUUCAAUUUUAAAGCUUUUUUUUCAAGAUUUCUCUUCUUUACAAAUUGCUUCUGGGCUAAAUUAAAAAACGAUAAUUUGGGUACCGCGAGCAUCAAGUUAGAGAGAUGACAUUAACCUCUGCUGCUGGAAUUCUUGCACUGCUUGAUGAAAGGGAACCUGAGCUGAAAUCGUUUGCAUUAAGAAAGUUAAACAAUGUUGUUGAUGAAUUCUGGGCAGAAAUCUCAGAGGCUGUGGAAAAAAUUGAAAUGUUAUAUGAAGAUGAGAGCUUUAACUCCAGAGAACUUGCAGCACUUAUUGCAUCCAAGGUCUAUUACCACCUUGGUUCCUUUGAAGAUAGUUUGAUGUUUGCACUUGGUGCAGGAAAUAUGUUUGAUGUUAAUGGUCAUUCAGAAUUUGUUGAAACAACUAUUGCUAAAUGUAUUGACCACUACACUCAGCAAAGGGUAAAGAUAUAUGAAGGCAUUCCUUCUAGUGAUGGGAAAGAAAUAGUCAUUGAUCCAAAACUUGAAGCAGUUGUUAACAGGAUGUUUCAAAGGUGUUUUGAUGAUGGAAAGUUCAAACAGGCAAUAGGUAUUUCAUUGGAGACAAGAAGGCUAGAUAUUUUUGAGCGUGCAAUAAUAAAAUCAGAUGACAUUGUUAGUAUGCUUUCGUACAGUCUUAAAUUGUGUAUGGCUCUUAUACAAAGCAGACAAUUUCGGAAUGAGGUACUGAAAGUAUUGGUUAAACUCUAUCAAAGUCUUAAAACACCUGACUUCAUCAACGUUUGCCAGUGUUGCAUAUUUCUGGAUGAUUCUGGUGCUGUGGUUGAAAUUCUCAACAAUUUAAUUAAAGAUAACGAGAAAGACCAAACGAUAAUGGCUUAUCAAAUUGCCUUCGAUCUUUAUGAAAAUGCCACGCAGCAAUUCUUAACAUCAGUUAUUGAUAAGUUAAGAAUAGCCAUACCAUUAAUAACAGACACUACUGAAGAUAAUGAAACAAAUAAUAAGAAUGGAGUAGAUAAAGUGUUGGAAGAUCGUGUCAAAAAUUUACAAGCAAUACUUAGUGGGGAGACCACCAUAGGAUAUCAUUUGGAAUUUCUCAUUAGAAAUAAUCAUGCAGAUUUACUUAUUCUAAAAAACACAAAGGAUGCAUCUCGAAACUCUGUCUGUCAUUCAGCAACUGUCAUAUCAAAUGCACUUAUGCAUUGUGGAACAACUACAGAUACAUUUCUUCGAAAUAAUCUGGAGUGGCUAGCUCGAGCAACGAACUGGGCUAAGUUUACAGCGACAGCAAGUCUUGGUGUUAUUCACAGGGGUCAUGAACAAGAUGCUUUGAAACUGAUGGCGUCAUAUCUUCCGAAGGAUUCUAAUGCAGGCAGCGCAUAUCAAGAAGGUGGUGGACUUUACGCGUUAGGCCUAAUCCACGCAAACCACGGGGACAAAAUCAUUGACUAUAUUCUACAGCAACUGAAAAGUGCCACAAGUGAUAUGGUUCGUCAUGGUGGUUGUCUUGGUUUAGGUCUUGCUGCCAUGGGUACAGCCAGAGAAGAUAUUUAUAAUCAAUUGAAAGACAAUCUAUAUCACGAUGAUGCCGUGACAGGCGAGGCAGCAGGGUUAGCUAUGGGCUUGGUUAUGUUAGGCUCAUUUUCCUCAACAGCUAUCGAUGAUAUGGUUGCAUACGCUCGUGAGACGAAGCAUGAGAAAAUCCUCCGAGGCUUAGCCCUUGGUAUAUCAUUGGUGAUGUACUCGCGUAUGGAGGAGGCAGACGCUCUUAUUGAUGAUCUUUCACGCGACAAAGAUCCCAAUUUACGUAUCUGUGGAAUGUAUACUGUUGCAAUGGCGUAUUGUGGCACUGGUAAUAACAAAGCUAUCAAACAGUUAUUACAUGUAGCGGUUAGUGAUGUUAAUGACGACGUGCGUAGAGCGGCGGUAGUUUGUUUAGGAUUUUUGAUGUUCAGGACUCCUGAACAAUGUCCAAGCGUGGUUUCAUUGUUAUCUGAAAGUUAUAAUCCCCAUGUUCGGUAUGGAGCUGCUAUUGCUCUUGGUAUAUCAUGCGCUGGUACUGGACUCAAGGAAGCUGUGAGUAUCGUGGAACCAAUGACAAACGACCCCGUAAAUUACGUCCGGCAGGGUGCUCUAAUUGCCAGCUCUCUUUUACUUAUCCAACACAAUGACCACACAAAUCCGAAGGUGUCAAAGUUUCGUGAGAUAUAUUCCAAAGUUAUUGGAGAUAAACAUGAAGAUCAAAUGGCUAAAUUUGGAUCCAUUAUUGCACAAGGAAUUCUAGAUGCUGGUGGAAGAAAUGUAACUAUUUCCCUCCAAUCCCGAGCUGGUCACACACAUAUGAUGUCUGUUGUUGGUUUAUUGGUAUUUACUCAUUAUUGGUACUGGUUCCCACUCACACAUUUUAUUUCUUUGGCUUUCACACCCACUUGUCUUAUUGGUCUCAAUUCUGAUGUCAAGAUGCCAAAAAUGAAGUUCAUAUCCAACGCUAAACCGUCAUUAUUUGCCUAUCCUGAAGCUUUAAAACCCCCCAAGAAAGAAGAAAGGGAAAAGGUAACGAAAGCUGUGUUAUCAUUUUCCUCGAAAGCCAAAAAGACCAAGAAGGACGCAGCAGAAAAAGAUGAACCGAUGGACGUGGACAACACUAAAAGCCAGAAGGAGAAAGAGAAGGGAAAUGAAAAAGAAAAAGAUGAAGAUUCAAGUAUUCAGAAUGAAAAAGAUAAAAGCGAAAAGAAAGAUAGCGAUGAAAGUAAAAAAGAACCAGAACCUGACACCGAAAUGUUGGAUAACCCUUCCCGAGUUAUGCAGGCACAGCUUAAGCUUAUUAGCUUACCAAAAGACAGUAGAUAUUCUCCUUUGAAGCCGGUAAAUGUUGGAGGUAUAAUCAUGAUGAGAAAUUCUUUACUGGAUGAACCCGAAGAGCUUCUAGAACCCUUACCAGCCGCGAAAUCGCCUGCUAUAGAUGACGAAGAUGAUGAACCUGAACCACCGGAACCAUUUGAAUAUAUCGAAGAAGAUUAGAUAUACAUUUCUAUCACCAGCAGUGUUCAUUGACAUAAUUACUUUAAGCUGUUUUUGUAUUGGUUUUGUUUGUACGAGACUAAGCAUGCGUACAAUGAAAGCAAGUUAGUGAGCGGAUUAAUGCAUGUUGUUGCUAAUCCAGAGAUGAGAGACAAUAAUGGUAGCCUGAGUUCGUAACUAUAUAUUUGCAUUAACCUUAGGUUGCUUCCUUUACACGCCUAAUGUCAGAUCUGACCUGUCCUAUCGUAUUUUACAAAGUCAGAUUACCGGAUAUUUAGGUGUUUAAAUAUGUGCUUACCAUGCACAGACAAUAAAAUUUUACCGCCAUCCCAAUUUUAUCCAUUUUAAAAUAGAAACCAUUUUGGUCGUUCGUGUGAAUGCGAUUCUCGUUGUUACGAUUAAAAAGACGUCA